AUGUAUUUAAUUAAGAAAAUAUGCAACAUGUCUGCUUCAAGCUUACACCACAACCUGUCUCCAUGGUGCCUCUCCUCUCCACUCCUUACUAUAUUCUCUCUGCACUUCUUUUCAGGCAAUUUCUAUCUCCCAUGAUCAGGGCUUUUCCAAGGAGGAUGACCAAGAUCAUGACACUACUGAAAAUAGUGCUCAUAUCCCAAUUCAAAAGGGUCUAGCAUCAUCGGAAAUAACAGAGGAACUGCCAAGUGGACAACAUGGAACAAGGAAAAAUCUUACCUUGGAAAUACUUGGAAUAACACAGGAGGAAACAAGAGAAGAUUUUGUGAGAAUAAACAUGCCUCUAACUCCACCUCCAAGAAGAGUGAUUUUUUCCCCCUGUCCGAGUCCUAGUUUCCCAAGAAGCAAGGAAUCCCCUGGCCCCUCCACAUCCAAAAAUAGACCAACUAUUAAAACCUUUCUUCCCAAACUCAGUUUUAAGUUUCGCAACACAAAUUCUGAGAUUGAAAAGGCUGCAUUCCUAGCACUUGAAGGAUCAGUAACAGUGGCACCAAAAAAGCCUCUUCUUUCAAGGACAUUAUCUCUUAUCACACCUAGAGGGAAGAAAACAUCAUCCUUACCUGUCACCCCAAUUGCUCAUUCGAAUCCAGAAUCUGUACAUGGAGGGAACAUUGCUUAUACAGCAACAGCUGUUGAGAAAGGAGUGCAAUUACCAAUUCAUCGUUCCCGUUCAGUCCCUGUGCUUAACAAAGAAGGUAGCUCACCUGUGACGGGUAGCAUGUUUCGUGUAGUUCCAACCACACCACGAUUGGAUGAGAAAAUUGCCACAAGAACAUGUAUGACAUCUCCAACUCAUGAUACUGUUGAAAAUGAGGAUGGUGGUGAAGAUAUUCCCGAAGAAGAAGCUGUGUGUAGAAUUUGUAUGGUUGAAUUGGGAGAAGGUGCUGAGACUCUUAAAUUGGAGUGCAGCUGCAAAGGUGAGCUUUCAUUGGCACACAAAGAAUGUGCAGUCAAAUGGUUUAGAAUUAAAGGUAAUAGAACAUGUGAUGUGUGCAAGCAAGAAGUUCAAAACCUACCUGUCACCCUUUUAAGAGUUCAAACUGGUCAGGGAGGUCAGGAAGCUGAGACUUCUCAAUACAGAGUUUGGCAGGAUGCUCCCAUUCUUGUUGUUAUCAACAUGCUGGCUUACUUUUGUUUUCUUGAGCAGCUUCUUGUUUCUGGUAUGGGAUCUGGUGCUAUUGCCAUGUCUCUCCCAUUUUCUUGUAUAUUGGGUCUCCUUGCAAGCAUGACAGCUACAACAAUGGUGAGGAGAAAUCAUGUUUGGGUUUAUGCAACUGUUCAGUUUGGUCUGGUGGUUCUGGCUGGACAUCUUUUCUACUCAUUGGUUCAUAUGCAAGCUGUUCUAGCUAUCUUACUUGCUACAUUUACUGGAUUUGGAAGUGUAAUGUGUGGAGCUUCUAUUCUUAUGGAGAUUUUGAAGUGGAGGAGAAGAUCAGCAUCAGCUUCUCAAUCAAAUCAACAGCAUAGUUCCCAGGAGGCAGUACCACCUGUUCAAUCAUCUGCAGCUCCUCAUCAAGGUCAGAUUGAUUCUCAACAAACUGAAAGUAAUUUGGAAGACACUCCUGUGCAAAGUUGAUAGAAUAUUGGCUUAAAUACAUUUUUGGUCCCUGAAAAUAUGACUUUUUUUUCUGUUUUAUCUGUAUUUUAGUUUUAAUAAUUUUUAGUUUCUAUAUUUAAUAAAAAAGAAUAUUUUGUUAGUCAUCACAUCAAGUACUAAAAGUAUAUGAUUUUUAUAAUUUAAAAAUUAAAAACAAAAAAGUAAAUAGAGAUUUUAUUUUAUUUUUCAAAAAAGUUGUUUUUUUGGGGACCAAAAUGAUAUAUAAGCUUAUUCCUUAAAUGCUGGCAUCACAAAAGCGUCUGGCUGUACAUAAAGUACAUAUUGUACAGACAAGUUUGAGCAGAUUACACUCUCUCAUGCCAUGAUACAUACAGCAAUGGACAUGUAUCAUGUAUGGCAUCCCCUGUUCCUCGUUAGAAACAAAGAAACCUAUGCUUGUACGAGAAUUGUUGGGCCACUGUCGCAUGAAACAGUGAAAUUUGAAGAAUUUUUUUAAAAUGGUAGUAUUUAAAUAAUGAUUGAGGCGAUGAAUAAAAUUUCAAUUUAAGGCCGUUCAUGUGAUUCAUAAUCUUUUGUUGGUAGGGGAAUUAUUUAAGCUGUCCUUUGAUGUGUCAUUCCGUGUAUGUAGUAAAUGUUAGUCUUUUUAUAGAAUGUGGCAAAGACACUCUACUCUCUUCUUUUUCUGCGUUCAAUUUUUUCUUUUUGGUU